GAAGCUCGGUGCUGACGGAGAGGAGUGAUCUGGAGUCGCUCGCUAUUUAUUUUUCUUUUGAAUGAGAUUUAGAAUGGCGCCCAUUGAGGGGUCCAGGAUGCUGAGUAAAGAUGAUGUCAAUUAUAAACUUCACUUUCGGAUGAUAAACGAGCAACAAGUUGAGGAUAUCACCAUUGAUUUCUUCUACAAACCGCACACCAUUACUCUACUGACGUUAACCGUUGUCAGCAUAAUGUACUUUGCUUUUACCAGGGAUGAUGGUGAUUUUGACAAUAACCUGCGUGUGGGUCUGCUGUUGGUCGUCUCUUUCUUUCUUGUUAUCAGUGUUCUGGCCUUCCCCAACGGUCCUUUCACAAGACCACAUCCUGCUAUAUGGCGCAUAGUUUUUGGUCUCAGUGUAUUUUACUUCCUCUUUCUGGUGUUCCUCAUCUUUCUGAACUGGGAGCAGGUUAAGACAAUUUUAUACUGGCUGGACCCCAAUCUGCGUUACGCCACUCGAGAGGCAGAUGUCAUGGAGUAUGCCGUGAACUGUCACGUGAUCACGUGGGAGCGCAUCCUUAGUCACUUUGACAUCUUUGCGUUUGGUCAUUUCUGGGGCUGGGCUAUGAAAGCUGUACUCAUCCGCAGCUAUGGCCUCUGCUGGACCAUCAGCAUCACAUGGGAACUCACAGAGUUGUUCUUUAUGCACCUCCUGCCCAAUUUUGCAGAGUGCUGGUGGGAUCAAGUCAUUCUUGAUAUCCUGCUGUGUAAUGGAGGGGGCAUUUGGCUUGGUAUGACUGUGUGUCGCUUUUUAGAGAUGCGCUCCUACCACUGGGCCAGUAUCAAGGAUAUCCACACAACCACAGGCAAGCUGAAACGUGCUGUUCUACAGUUUACUCCAGCCAGCUGGACAUAUGUGCGCUGGUUUGACCCCAAGUCGUCCUUCCAGAGAGUGACUGGCAUCUACCUUUUCAUGAUUAUAUGGCAGCUCACCGAGUUGAACACAUUCUUUUUGAAGCACAUCUUCGUGUUCCAGGCGUCUCAUCCUCUCAGCUGGUGUCGGAUCCUCUUUAUUGGGAUCAUCACUGCCCCCACAGUGCGACAGUACUACGCAUAUCUGACAGACACCCAGUGCAAAAGAGUUGGAACGCAGUGUUGGUUGUUUGGGGCAAUUGCUUUCCUGGAAGGCCUUGCUUGUGUCAAAUUUGGACAAGACUUGUUCUCUAAAACACAAGUCCUGUAUGUGGUCCUGUGGCUUUUGUGUUUGGCUUUCAUCACUUCUCUUUGUCUCUGUGGGAUGGUUUGGUAUGGGCAGAACUAUGGAAAGAGACUGAAGAGCAUUACAGACUGUGAUGAUAACGCCUCUAUUUACCCGUGUGGUCACAUUCCUGAAACUGCCAAAGCAGAGAGGAACUCCAGUAAUAAUUCGUCCCGGAGAAGAAAAGGAGGCUCAGGCAAAAGCAAAACAAUCAAUGGAACAAGCGGCAAGUAGUGACCACAGGUAGAGAAUGGUUAUCUCUCAAUGGUCCUGGACACACAAAGGGUGUAAGAAAAAAUCUGGCACAAACGGUUGGAGAGGUAAAACCGUUACCUCGAUGAUAGAGUGGAGACACAAGAAAGUGGAUCUAUUCACAAAAUACACAUUCCAGACGACAGCAGCUCUGUGUCUGCACUUUGCACUUGUUUGUACAGUAUUUUUCACAGCACUCGGAAGGAAAUUUUGGAAAAGAAAAGCUUGAAGCUUUGUGGUAUGCCAGCUUUAUGUUAAAUCACACCAUAUACACUUUCUAAUGGCUUUGAUGUGGCUUUAAAUGGCACGUUCCAUUUUAAAGAGUGUCAGAAGUCUGAGCCAGCCGAAUGUGUAGGUUGACCCACCUAAUAAAAUAAGUACAAUGAUUCCAAGCUUUGCUGUUAAGCAUUCUGGUUAUAUUUAAUUUAUUGCAAUCUGAUUAUUCAAACCCUACUAUUUUUAUUACAUAUGUUGUUGAUGCAGACCAAGCUCUCUCAGAUUUUGCACAUUUUCCUCCACUUGCCCUGGAAAAAUCCAAUAAAAUAACAAUAAUAAUAAUUUAAGCACUUUAGGAAUUUAAUAUUAAUGCACUAAGGAAACAAUGUUGUCACAGAGGUACCUGUGACUAAAGUCACAAUGGUAAUGGUUUCAACUUUUUCAUUCUUCUUAUAUUUCCUCUUAAAUUAAAAUUGUGUAGAGCCAGUGUGAAGGAGAGGCAGGUCUUGAUCUUUUGGAUUUAGAGAUGUUGAUUCAAAUGAGCACUUUUGGCGAUUUUUGAAGGUUGUUUAAAAUGUCCCAAAUUUGUAUGCUGUAAUGUCAUGAUUUUCUAUACUUAAUAGUUUUUUUGCAUGUUGGCUAUUGUAGUAAAAGAGAUAACUAAUUCCUUGUGUGAUUUUAUGUGUGUGUGUGUGUGAGUGUGUGAGUGUGUGUGUGCGUGCGCGCGUGUGUGCGCACAUGGAUAUUAUUUUAGAGAAUUUUCUUUUGUGAAGCCUUUAAAUGACUCUGCAGUUUUGUCACUUAGUUGUAAUUUAUAUAUAUAAAAAAACACACAUUUAUUGACACAUUCCUAAAAUACUUUUUUGGGAUUUGAUGUCUACUGUUUUUAUAGUCAGCAAUAAUAUUUUUCAUGGCUAUUAAUAAUACUAAGUGUAAACAUAUGUUACUACAAUAUGUUUGCUGUUUAUUUUGCCUUUACAUUACAUUUUUUAUUUUUUUCGUGGAUCACAUUAAUGACCAAAACCCAAGUUGUAAGUAAAUAGUUGUUCAGAAUAUAUCUGCAAUUUUUUUUUUUCAAGCAAGGUUUACAGUCAUGAAUUUUGUAUGGAUCUGCAGUUUUCACACCUGAAAGCCACAACUAAACUGUGUGAUUCAGUUGAAUCCUGAAACUAUUUCCAUAUGUGAUCAUUUCAAGCCUUUAAUGUGACCAUUUUGCUUUUGAUUUUAACAGCUUGUGAGUAACAUGGCAGUAAAAAAAAGCAACUACUCUCAAAUGAGCAUUUUGCUUUAAGUUUUAACACACUGAUAAUGUGACGUGCAAUAAAGCUUUCAAAUGCA